CUGUCAAAAUCAAAUAUUUUGACGUAUCGACGUAUACAACGGGGUGUUUUUAUUAAAAUUAAAAUAAAUAAUAAAUUUACUCAAAAAUAACUUUCUUUCUGCAUUAAUAACUGUAUAUUUUACAGUCCAAAUAUGGAUACCUUAAUUUCCUUUAAUACCAAAAUCAUGAGCAAGAUAAGAACUGCGGGCGAUGGGAUGGAAUCAGAUGAACGUUUUAAUGAAAACACGCCAAGUAAAGCCCAACCAACCGUGAAAACUAACAGUAAAGCGUCGUUAGUACCCGGUCGACUUGUGCAGAUAUAUGCUUCUAAAAUAGUCACUCCAGAAAAGAAAAGCUCUCAUAUAUACUCUAAGACACCCAAAUUCGUCCCUUAUGAACCCUACCCAGGUGCUGUUAGACCAAUCACCCCACAAUCUGCUUCUAUCAGUAAAAAAUCUAAGAACCGAAUGGAUAUCAACACAUUAGUAACUCAAAUAUCGCAAAUGGACACAAAUAUCAACGAAUUCAAGCCAAGGAGCAAGUUAACGUCGUGUAGUGAUAAAUCUGAAUCUGACCCAGUUAAGCAAAGCAACACAGAAAAGGAAAUGCAAAAGAAAAUUGAUGAAUUAAACAAGGAAAAUGAAUGUCUAAAAGAACAACUUAAACAACAAGCACAGGUAAACAAGGAACUGAAGACAAUGCUGGUAGCUUCAAUGGGCGAAGACCUUGAGUUUCAAGUACAAUCAUUGAAUGAAGACAAGAAACACUUGGCUAAUGCUUUAGUCAGCUCAGCCCAACACCUAUCUACUCACCAGGAACAAACUGAAUGGCUUGCAGGUCAAUGUGAAGUAUGGAGAAGCAAAUUCUUGGCUAGCAGUCUGAUGAUCGAAGAACUAGCCCUGUGUAAAAAGACACUCAACGAGAAAACGGUCACUCUACAACAAGCGAUAAAACAGUUGCUCGACGAAAAGUGCAGAGUACGGGAUAUGUUAGUGUUCACAUACAAGAACUUGUGUAGCCUCCACGAGAACUGGUUGGAAAAUAUCGCUCUAUCGGAAUAUUCUGGAAACAACAACAGACCGAUUGGAAAACUUAAUUUCAACACGAGCAUGCCUCAUUCGGCUAAUGUGCUCGAUUUGGCGUCGAUAAAUUUGAAAAUGUCCGAGAACAUAAGCAGCACUAUCGAGAAACAAGAUAUAAGCCAUUUGGAUACGUUGGCGACUGCCACUGAAGCGGAAUCAUACGCCGAAAAGGUGAUGGCAAUGCCGUUUGACAUAAAGCGAAUGGACGAGGAGCCAGUGAACGCGCUGGUGCACCACGCCUACAACAGCAGCGGCACUGUCACCCCGCCGGUGGCGUCCUGUGUGCACUGCAAUGGGAACGUUCAAUUGCUUUAGUGAUAACAAGCAGAUGCCCGCGACUUCGUCCGCGUGAAAAAUCGAUGUACACUUUGACCCUCAGACCAAUUAUUGUAUAGGACCUGCCUCGCUAGACGUUACUUUUCUGUCAAAGUAUAUGAUCAACGAUCUUAUGCGAUUAUAAAAACUGUCUCUAUAGAAUCGAUGUUAAAUAGGUGUAAGCGUGUUUCUUCGGUUAAAGAGCUCCGUAAAAAUACCUUUUUGUGUAAUUGAAUUGUGUAAAAAACGGGCUAGUUUAGUAUAAGAUAUAUACCAAAUCUAAGCUAGUUUUCCUCAGAAAAUGACAGACAAUUUUGUUUGUGAGUAUGAGUGCGAUACAGGUCCUUCUAUAAUUGGUCUGAGCUUUGACCCCUUCGCCCCUUCUAUUUAUAUUUUCGUAUGUUUUAAAUAUAAUAAAUACAAAAUCACAACCCCCUGGCCGAAGGCAAUACAAUAAAAUGCGCGUUUUUUGUGCUUGGGUGAAAUGCCCAGCCGUCACGUUUCUCUGUCUGUCUUUCCAUACAAACUUUCAACCCCUAUUUUACCGCCUUCUGAUAUUAUUUAUGCUAUAAAAAGUAUCCUAUAACCUGCUCCGUAUUAUGUUCUCAAACCUUGCUAAGUUUCAUUUGAAUUCAUUCAGUUGAUUCAGCAUGAUGCCCGGUCAACAAAAAAUACGGACAGACAGACAAGAACUCAAAAAAAAAAAUAUUUUUGGCUUCAGUAUCGAUUGUAUAAUGCCCUCCAAUUAAAAUUUUCAAAAUAUUUUCAAUGUACAGAAUUUGACCUGUUACAGUUUUAAUAUAAGUAUAGAUAUAAAAUUGUAUAUAUUUGACAAGUAUGCCAAAAGAUGUCUUUUUAAAAAAAUAUUUGCUCUAUUUGUUAGGAAUUAGAAGGUAUAACUUUCGAAUUUCUCUCAGAGUUGCCAUGAUUAAAGCAGGGUUGCAACCUGUAAUAUUUAUUUUGACAACGGGAGAAAUUUUUGAAAGUUCAGUUCGAUUGAGAUUUUCUGUUAAGGAUUUGAGGACCCCAUGAACUUGGGGGCACGGGGCACUGCACCGUCUAGCCCCUGGGUAGCAACACUACAGCUCUUCAACUGUAACUAUUGAGGCAUUGACGUCUUAUAAUAAAAGGACCCACAAUCAUGUAGAAAAUUUUACAUAAAAACUGGUCAAUUUUGCUUUGACAGUUUUAGAAUUAUUAGUAAAGAAAAUUAUACUUAAAGCCCUUUAAAUAUAGUUCAAUAUUCAAUAAAAACCUGAAUUCAGAGCAAAUUCAACCUUAAGUAUUGAGUUUAAGGUUGAAUUUGCAAAUGCGAGUACAUGAAUAGAGUGCCAAAAAGUUGUGUUUGGCACUCAUUGAGUGGGGACGUUUUUUGGUCGCUGAUUGUGCUUUUUAAUAGGAGAUCUAUGUAUUGAGGCUUAUUAAAAUGUUAUUUAUAUAAAAACUAUGUGGCUAUGGAGCUAUGUAAGCGUUGAUGGACAAAUUUGCGGACAAAAGUAUCUGCGGUGAUAUACAUGUUCUGAACAUAAAUUUAUUGCGAAAAAAGUAAAUUAAAAACUUAUAUAUGGCGCUGUUACUAUAUAAAUUGGGCUAAAUCUUGUGGUAUUUAUAAACUUUGGAUUUUAAUUUACAUUCCAGAGAAGUUACUAAAUGUACUAAACUUUUUUUUAGAUUUAUUAAGUAUUUAUUUACCUUUAUGCAGAAUUUCGUGAUGUUCAUUUUUGUACCCAAGAUAACGAGCACGCAAAACUUGGAAAUUAUCUGUUUAGGACUUCUGACGUGAAAGUGUAAAGAACAAGUAAACAAACUUAAAUUAAAAAUUUUGAAAAUUUAAAUUUCAUGUAAUAAAAUAAAAAUCUGGUAAUUUAUCAAAAUUUAGCUAGAUUAUCAGAUUGCAAAAACGUUCCUUCGCCUUCAUCUAUUUCUGUAACGUGCUCGGAAAUUAUUAUUAUUAUCGUAGAAAAACCGACAUUACUGUGAAUAUGUAAUUAGUAAAAAUAAAAAAGUAGGCAUUAUUUGUAAAUAUGUUGAUAAACAUAAAAUUAUGUAUAAAAAAAAAAUACAAAAUGUGUGCUCAAGUUUGCACAACUUUUUCUAUUUUACAAUUUAAAAACUCUAACACAUACAAGAUAAUCAUGAUUCAUCAUCAUUAAGUAUCAUCAAUCUAUUGUUUAUGGCCCACUGUAGGGCUCCCAUGAUUAUAGAAGAGGGAAUUAAUUAUAAUAAUGAUAAUAUUAAUUAAUUGUUAAAUUGCGAUCAACUAUACAGUUACAGAAGUAAUUUUUGAUCAUUUUGUUCUAUAGUCCACAGUCUUGAGAUAUCAAUUCUUCCUCGAUGGGUUUUUAUACUCCAUUCAGGCAGGCAAAUUUGGUCAUUGACCUUUCGCUCUUCGUAGCUUGUGUAGAAAGUUGAAAUAGAGCUGUGUAUAUGAGAGCGAGGGAGGGGGGAUAUGUAUCUAUCGGCGCUAACAUAAUGCUUUUGGUCUAAGAUCCGGCAUAAAGAAUAUAUACACUCAUCUGUUAUUUAUUUGGGUUAUAAAUAACAGACGAGUGUAUAUAUGUGUGUAUGUAGUGUGUAUAUAAAUAUAAAUGACGGAAAAAUAUUCACAUUGACAAAUUGGUUGCCUAGUUAAAUUGCGGCCAAAUACAUUUUUCAUACAAAUUCAUAGGAAACCCGAAACUAGAUCAAAGGCAACUGAAUACAGUAAAAUUAAGCAUAAAAUGCCUAUUUUAUUUGACACAUUAGACGACUAAAGAACUGAUGGAGGUAUUUUUUUCUUUAAUUAAAUUUAUAUCUGGCAACCCCACAGUUGCAGUGUGAAAGCAGGCAACCUGUACGUUUUCAAUUCUGUUGGGUAUAUUCUUUUUUUAACUAUUGUACGCUUUUUAUUAAUAAAGCAAAAAGAUAAGUAGAUUAAAUAAAUUUAAUAAAAAAAAAUAUUUAAUACUCACCGGGCGCAAUUUCACUAGGCAACCUAUUUGCAAUGUGUCAACGUGAAUAUUUUUUAUCAUUUAUUACCUAUCCUAAAUAAAUAACAGAUGAAGGUAUAUAUUCCUUAUAUCCUGAUUUCGUACUAUAUGUGUCAUCGACAACAUUUUCGCCUGCUCUAGAAGCGGACUAGUAUAACUAACUUUCAGAAAAAAAGAUUGUCUUAAAGUGCCCCGCAGUAUUUAAUAAUAUUGUCAAUAUUUUCCUCUAAGAAAAUAUCUUAUUGCUAGUGGCGUGCACUUCAUAGAUGCAAAAAUGUACUGCCUACCCUAAGGACUCGAUACAAACCUGUUGGACCACAUAGUUCAUAGUUUGAGAAGGCAUUACCCAAUUUUUACUUAUAGUGCAUACCCCAGUUAAAAACCAUAUGCACGCCACUAUUGCUAUGGUAGACUGUCACUGUGGCUUUUUUUUUUAUUUAAUGAAUAUUAUGAUUUUAAAAGUUUUAUAAUUUUAGUUAAUUUUUCGAUUGGGGCUUUGUUGAUAUUAUGUAUCUACAUGAUAUAUUGUUAUCAUUUAAACAAAAUCAGUAUUUUUUAAAUGUUGUGAUUAUUUAAUUAUGUACAUACGAGAUUACGAAACGAUAAAAUAAAAGUUUUGGGUAAAUAA